UUCCAAAUAUAUAAUUAUAAUAUGUAUUUUUAUUUUAUAAUUUUUUUUUCACAUGAAAGGCUCAAUAAAAUUGUUAAACAUUAACAUUUUUAAACAUGUAUUUCUAUUCGGACGCCAUUAGAUGGCGCACGUGUAUCUAAUAAAGUGCAAAUGGCGUCAAAUCAGUGCUGCUGCUAACAAAGUUGUGUGUGUGUGUGUGUGUGUGUGUGUGUGUGUGUGUGUGUGUAGCUCCUCCUCCCGCCGAGGAGGUGGUGACUCCUGGGAGGAGGUGUCGAGAAGGUGGAGGAGGAAGAGGAAGGUGGGACGUCCUCCCGGUGUGAGGAAGAGGAGGACAACCAAACGUUCAUCCCGCAGCCAUCUCGUCACCUCCACGAUCUUCUCAUCCGGAUCUUGCCAACCUCCACGCCGAGUCUUCCUCCAGAGUUCUCCGUGGGAGUGCACGCGGGCUGGGAGGGCGGAGCUGCACCGGACUUCACUUCUCCGGUCUCGGCUUCGGGACUUGGGCUGAUCGCCCUCUCUUCUUCUCCGUCCGUUCUCCCUCGGGAAUAUUUUGAAUCCUUCCUGGACUUUUCUCCAUUUCCUGCUGACGCCGGAACAGGCAUGCACGGCGGUGCGGUUCCUGCAUAAGCCCCCCCCCCCCCCCCCUCCGGAUCAAAUCCACUACCCUCACCCCGGGACUGGACUUGGAUUAUCAGCAGCAUGGAAGCUCUGUGGAUGUUUCUCGGCGCCCUCGCUGCAGUCCUGACCGCCCCGAGGGUGACACAUGGAGCAUGCGUCCACGAGGGAUCCCUCCAUGCGAACAACUCGUCAUGGCGGCCGCGGUCGUGCGAGGAGUGCACGUGUUACAACAACGUGGUCAUCUGCCGGGCUGUGGGAUGUCCAAAUCCUGAGUGUGACUACCAGAGGGGGCAGCGCUUGAGGAUCCCUGCCGGUCAAUGCUGUCCAGAGUGCGUCCCCUCCUCCAAGGGGUCCUGCGACUACGAGGGCAUCACCCACGCCCACGACACCCAAUGGAGUCCUUCGCCGUGUACGCGGUGCGAGUGCUCCCGAGGCGCCGUAUCCUGCGCCGCUCGCCGUUGCCCCUCUGUCCAUUGCCCCGACGACCACAGCCCCUUUACCCCGGCCGGGGAGUGCUGCCCAAAAUGCGGCUCGACUGGAUCGUCUUGUUCCUGGCAGAAUUCCGUGUACAGGGAUGGCCAGGAAUGGCAGCCCAGCCGGUGCUCCAGGUGUGUUUGCCAUAACGGGGACGUCCGGUGCUCGGUGGCCGAGUGUCCGCCAGUGGCCUGCAAACCCAAUGAGAACUUGGUGAUCCCGCCCGGCCAGUGUUGUCCCAGGUGUGUCUCCAACCCCUGUCUGUCAGCUGGCCAGCAGUACCAGAACGGCGAGCAGUGGCGGAAGGACGCCUGCACCACGUGCGUGUGCGAGCGCGGCCAGUCUAAAUGUCACACGCUCACCUGCCAGCCAGUCACCUGUGAUAAGGGCCAGACCAAAGUAAGACGUGCGGAGCAGUGUUGCGACGAGUGCGCGGACGCCCGAGGAAGCUGCCAGUACGAGGGCGUGAUCCGUUACCACGGCGACAUGUGGAGCGCCGCCGACUGCGAGUUCUGCGCCUGCAGCCGUGGUCAGGUCCUGUGCCGGCAGGCGGAGUGCGGACGCGUGGAAUGCCCGCAGGGAUCGGAGCUGGUUCAGCAACCAGGAACAUGCUGCCCACAGUGUUCCUCACGGAAAACAUCCUGCGUCCAUGAAGGAAAAGCAUACCAGGACGCGGCUCGCUGGACCGACGCCCCCUGCAGGGAGUGCGAGUGUCGCGACGCCCGCGUGACCUGUUACCUUCGUUCCUGCCCCACCUGCCCGCCGGGCACCUUGGUCGCCGCCCCGCAGGGACAAUGCUGCCCUCGGUGUCAGCAAGUUCCGUGUCACGCAGACUGCCAGUCCUGUACCGGGACUCCUGACCACUGCGAGAGCUGCAAGGACCCCAAAGCCGUCCUCCACUUGGGGCGCUGCCUGCCCUCGUGUCCCGAUGGCUUCUUCCCUGACGAAGGCGCCUGUGCAGCCUGCCCAUCAUCCUGCACCAUCUGCUCCAGCAGGUGGUCUUGCCAGUCCUGCAGCCUCCAGCGGCCCCUGCUGAGCGCCGACAGCAGCCAGUGCCUGACUUCCUGUCCCGCUGGAACCUAUCAGGACCACAACCGACACUGCCGCCGCUGUUCCGAACAGUGCUCCGAGUGCCGUGGUCCGAGUCCACAGGAGUGUGUGUCAUGUUCCGACCCGGCCGCCUUGCUCAAAGACGGCGAGUGCGUUCCCGACUGCGGCACCGGAUUCUACAGUCAAGAUGGCGUCUGUCACGCGUGUCACUCGUCCUGCGCUUCCUGUUUCCCCGACAACCCCGAGUGUAUGAGCUGCGUGCAUGGCGCCGCCCUUCAUGGCGGCACGUGUGUGUCGCAGUGUCCGCCGCGACACUACCGGGACAACACGAACAGAUGCCGAGACUGCCACGGAUCCUGUACGUCAUGCUGGGGGCCAUCGGGGUCCCAGUGCACGUCCUGUGCACGUCACCUCCUCCUCCGCCAGGGGCAGUGCGUGGAGGCGUGCGGCGAGGGAUUGUACUCGCACGCCGCCACCUGCCACAACUGCCACCCGUCCUGCCGCUCCUGCGUGGGACCGCUGGCCUCCGACUGCCUCCGCUGCCUCAAGGCCGAGGAGGCGCUGACGCCGCAGUCGCAUCAACUCCAACACGGCGUCUGCGUCGCCGCGUGUCCCGCUCGCAGAUUCCUGGACCACGUGCACACGUGCAGAGAAUGUCAUCCCUCCUGCUGGCACUGCACCGGACCAUCUGCAGACAACUGCUCGUCCUGCCCUUCGCCGUCCAGCCUUCUCGAGGGACGAUGCGUCCCCUUCUGUCCGCAAGGUUUCUUUGUCCAGGAAAACCAGUGUCAAGCGUGCCAUCCUUCCUGCCAGAUGUGCUCGGGUCCCUCCCAGGCCGACUGCACCUCCUGCCCCCCGCCGGCGUCCCUGCACGGCGGCUACUGCAGGACCAGCUGCCAGGAGGGACAUUUCCUCGGCGCCAGGACUGCAGAGUGCCUCAAGUGCAGCUCCGAGUGCCAGCGUUGCACGGCCGACCUCCAGACGAGCGUCGGCAGCAUCUGUCUGUGGUGUAAAGAACCCCGGGCCUUGUUGCUAGGCGACCACUGCGUCCCCCGCUGCCCCCGGGACCACUACACGUGGCACGGAGCCUGCAUCAGGUGUCACUCGUCAUGUGAGGCCUGCCGGGGGGCGGGGCCUCUUGCCUGCGCUUCCUGCCACGCCCCCAACGUUCUGCUGCCCUCAGGCGCAUGUGCCCCCAAAUGCCCCCUGGGUCACUACGACAACGGGCACAGAGUCUGUGAGGCGUGCGAUCAUCAGUGUCUGGCGUGCGAGUCGGCGGGGGCGUGCACAUCCUGCCGGGACCCGGCGAAGGUGCUGCUGUUCGGGGAGUGCCGCUACGAGACCUGCGCCCAGCAGUACUACCUCAACGCCACCACGCGCGCUUGCAGAGAGUGCGACUGGAGCUGCAACGCCUGCAGAGGCCCCCAGCGCACCGACUGCCUGCAGUGCAUGGAGGGAUACGUGCUGCUGGACGGAGUUUGCACCCACGGGUGCCCGCCCGGGUUCUACCAAGACGGAGACAGAUGCCUGGGCUGCGACGAUCUCUGCGCUGAGUGUGGCGGUCCCGGCCAGUGUCUGCGCUGUCAGCCGUCCUACGCCACCCUGGACGGCCACUGCGUGCUGCGAUGCGGCCGCAACUACUUCCUGGACGCCUCCUCACACGUCUGCCAACCGUGCUCCACCGACUGCGUGCUGUGCGACGGCGUCGGGCAAUGCCGGGCGUGCGGGCGGCAGACCUUCCUGGUGGAGGGGUACUGCACCCCCGACUGCGGACACGGGUACUACGCCGACCACAAGACCAGAAUCUGCCACGCAAACAGCAACCCCCCCACGCUCCACGUCAACGGUUCCCUGCAGGUUCCUCUCGGCGGGUCGGCCCCUCUGAGCCCGACGCUCCUGCGAGUGAAGGACCCGGACAGUCCCCUGCAGGGUCUCGUCAUCCAGCUGGUGCGGCGUCCCACCAACGGCCGUCUGGUCCUUUUCGGCAGCGGCGGGGAGUUGGAGGCGGCGGGGGGCCGACAGCUGUCAGACGAAGACACCUUUACCUGGGAGGAGUUGGAAGGAGGCCGGGUCCGCUUUGAACACCUAAAGGACCAAGCCAGAACUGGAGAAUUCGUCCUACGUGUCGCCGACCCUCAGCUGCUUUCACAAAGCGAAACCAUUCACGUUCAAGCCGUCUCCGUGCAGCCUCCGAGGGUCCUGACCCUAGCUCCCUUGCCCGUUAUUGGUCCCGGUGCCGUGGCGACCAUCACCAAAUCGGUCCUGCUUCUCGACGACGCCGACAACCCGGCAGACGUCCUGGUCAUGGUCCUGGAGCCGCCUCGUCACGGCCGCUUGACUCGCGUCCACGGCGAGCGAGCCCUGAGCCGCUUCAAGCUGGAGGAGCUGGCUCGGGAGCAGGUUCAGUACGUGCACGACAGGUCCCGGUCCACAGAGGACCACAUGGUGCUGCAGGUCAAUGACGGACACAGCUACCAGAAUGUUCUCCUGGAAGUCUACAUCAACCAGAAAGCGUCCCACCUGAGGUCGGUGCCCCUCACCUGGGUGAAGGAGGGCGGCAUGGUGCGACUGAGUAAGAAGUACCUGCAGGCCGACUACAAGGGGGUCAGCACCGACGACAUAGUUUACACCAUACUGGCCUCGGACGGACAGCCCAAAUACGGUGAGGUGGUGCUGGUGUCCAUGCCGGCCGACGCCCCCCCGGAAGGUUGGAUCCCGUCGCUAACGGACGAGCGAGGCUACACCAGUACAACCUCUUUCACCCAGCAGGAUGUCGACGAUGGCGCCGUCUGGUACCGCCACUUUGGCGCCGCGGCCGGCAGCGACUCUUUCCAGUUCCAGGUUUCCACAGAAGCGGCCGCGGCCACACGGACUGAUGCACAGACCUUCACCAUCGGAGUUCUACCGCAAACCCCCGGAUUCCCUCAGCUGGACCCGGACUGUGACCUGCAAGUCACGGCUCUGGAGGACCGAGUGACGGAGAUAACGUCCUCAGCUCUUUCCUUCAUUGACUCUGAGACUUCCAGCGAUCAUCUCAUCUACAACAUCACCAAACCUUUACCAGCAGGACAAGGGGCCAUUGAGCACCGGGACAGACCGCACGUCGCGGUCAAACACUUCACCCAGGCGGACGUCGACAACGGAAAGAUCAUUUACAGACCCCCCCGGGCUCCUUCACACCUGCAGGAGCUCUACCAGUACUCCUUCAUUGGUCUUCCCGAGUCGCUGAGCGUCUAUUUCACAGUGUCUGAUGGCGAGCACACGACCCCCGAGUUAGACUUCGCCGUCCUGCUGCUGACCAACCACCAGCAGCCGCCCAUGUUUCAGGUGCUGGACCCGCUUCUGGAGGUCAGCAUGGGGGGCCAGGCCACCGUGGGCGGUCAGCAUCUAGCGGUGAGCGACGCCGACACGUCUCCCGAAGAGCUGGAGUUCGAGCUGGUGGAAGCGCCCGUCCACGGCGAGCUGGUUAGAAGCGAAGGCGGCGCUCACACCAGCAUGACAAACGGCGACAUCUUCACCUUCAACGACGUCACCCACAACGUUCUGUUGUACCGCCACGCCGGGCUCUCCGACCAGGACGACGCCAUCACCAUCGCCGUCAGCGACGGCAUCUCCAUGGCGACCACGGUGGUGCAAGUGGCGGUGCUGGGCGCCCGCAACGACGGGCCGCAGCGAGACCCCGCCUCCAGUCUUUCCCUGGAAGUGGGCAAGCAAAGCAGCACGGUCAUCAAGCGCUCACAUCUGGCCUACACUGACGACUCGUCCCUGGACGACCAGAUCCGAAUCCAGCUGGUCUCGGUGCCGAUGUACGGCCUCCUGACCAGGACUCGGACCCAGCAGGAGCCUCAGGAGCUGAGGGAGUACUCCACCUUCACCAUGGAGGACAUCAACCUCGGCAGCGUCAGGUACGUGACCUCGUUGGAGACGGGCGACCAGCCGGUCACGGACGUCUUCCACUUUGUCGUCUACGAUUCCGACAACCAUCGUCUUGACAACCAGAUGUGCACCAUCACCAUCACCUCCACGCCCAGACAGCCGCCCGUGGUCACUGUGAGCGGCGGCAUCAAGGUCCACGAAGGCGGUCGUGUGCAGCUGUCAACCAAUCACAUCAUCGUAUCGGACCAGGACACGCCCAGGAAGAACCUGCUGGUUUGGCUGGUCAGCCCCCCCAAGUACGGCUUCAUUGAAAACACCCAGCAAGGUGGCGCAGUGGGCGGCUCCCACGUCGUCACGCCCGACGUUCCUUUCUCUGUGGACGACCUGAGCUCGGAGCGCAUCUUCUACGUGCAGCGCAAAGGUCAGCGAGCGCAGCAGGACGCCUUCAGCUUCUACAUCAGCGACGGACACAGCCAGACCGAGGCCUUCAACGUGGAGAUCCACAUCCAGGGGAAGCAGGCGAGCCAGCCUGUGGUGUCGGUGAGCAGCAUCCAUGUGGAGGAGAACUCCGGAGUUGUCAUCACCAACUCGUCCCUCAGUGUCCUGGACCAGGACACGCCCGAGAACGAGAUCCUCUUCACCAUCAUCAGAAAGCCUUCCUACGGGAAACUCCGCAGACGUCAGUUUUACGCCCAGCCCUUAGAGAACGGCCGUGUCCUCUCGCAGGGUUCCACCUUCACCUACCAGGACGUCCUGGAUCGGUUGCUGGUCUACACGCCCGACACCGUCAGCGGCGGCUCGGACGAAAUGGCCUUCACCGUCACCGAUGGCGUCCACACGCACACCGGACACCUGCAGUUCACCAUGGACGUCACCAGGAGCGAAGGGCCUCGCAUGACCGUCAACAGAGGACUGCAGCUGCCGGCCGGUUCUUCAUCUAAGAUCAGCGAGCAGAACCUGAAGGGUACCGAUUUGGACUCUGACAGCCUGAAGCUCAGAUAUGUUCUAACCAAAGACCCUCCCAGCGGCAAAGUCCUGCUCAGCAAGAGUGGACAAGCGGACAAGGUGUCAGUCAAAGGUCCCACGCAGAGCUUCACUCAGGAGGACGUCAACAAAGGCCUGGUGCAGUACAGCCACGAGAAAGGCGAGAAGGGCGGGAGUCUGUCUUUCAAGUUCAACCUGGUGGACCCUGAAGGCAACAAACUGAUCGACCAGUCGUUCUUCAUCAGUGUGCUGGAGGACCGCCUCCCUCCGUCCGUGGUGGUCAACAAAGGUCUGGUCCUGGAUGAGAACACCCUGAAGAAGCUGACCACUCUGCAGCUCUCCGCCAGCGACCAGGACAGUGAACCCAGCGAGCUCGUCUAUCGCAUCACCAAGGAGACCAGCCUGGGACACCUGGAGAACGCCGCCAGUCCUGGCACCCGCAUCGAUACGUUCACGCAAGCCGACCUGGCGUCACGCAGCAUCCAGUACGUGCACACCAGCGAGGAAGAAAAGCACGCCGACCAGUUCUCCUUCACCGUGUCGGACGGGACCAAUGAGGUGGCCCAGACCUUCUACAUCACCAUCAAACCUGUGGACGACUCACUGCCGCUGCUGCUGGUCCCCGGCAUGCGGGUGCAGGAGGGGGUCAGGAAGACCAUCACGGAGUUUGAACUGAAGGCCACCGAUGCCGACACAGAGGCGGAGUCCAUCGUCUUCACCGUGGUGCAGCCCCCCCGCCACGGCACCAUCGAGCGCACCAGCAACGGGCAGCACUACAGGCAGACGGGCAGCUUCAGCAUGGACGACGUCUACCAGAACCGCAUCAGCUACAACCACGACGGCUCCAACUCGCUCAAGGACCGCUUCAGCUUCACGGUGGCCGACGGCGCCAACCUGCUCUUCAUGGUGGAGGACGGCGGCAAGGAGAUCGUGACGGCGGCCCCCCAGAAAUUUAAGAUCGAUAUUCUUCCGGUGGACGACGGAACUCCUCGUAUCGUCACCAACCUGGGCCUGCAGUGGCUGGAGUACAUGGACAACAAGGCGACCAACCUCAUCACCAAGAAGGAGCUGCUGACCAUGGACCCGGACACAGACGACGGUCAGUUGGUCUACGAGGUCACCACGGAACCCAAACACGGCUUCCUGGAGAGCAAAGCCAAACCCGGCAGCCGCGCCGGCACCUUCACUCAAGCUGACGUCAACCUGGGCCUGAUCCGCUACGUUCUCCACCAGGAGAGCGCCCAGGAGACCAUGGACACCUUCAAGUUCCUGGUGAAGGACAGCAAACCCAACGUGGUCAGCGACAACGUCUUCCACAUCCAGUGGUCCCUCAUCAGCUUUGAGCACCGAAGCUACAACGUGACGGAGAAGGCCGGCACCGUAGCUGUGACGGUGAAGCGUAGCGGUAACCUCAACCAGUACGCCAUCGUGCUGUGUCGCACCGAGCAAGGCAGCGCCACCUCCAGCAGCAGCGUGGGAUCGCGGCCGGGUCAGCAGGACUACGUGGAAUAUGCCGGACAGGUCCAGUUUGACGAGCGCGAGGACGUGAAGGUGUGCACCAUCGUCAUCAACGACGACAAAGUGUUUGAGGGCGUGGAGAACUUCCACGUGGAACUGAGCAUGCCCGUUUACGCCCUACUGGGCGGGAACACGCGAGCGGUGGUCAACAUCAACGACACCGAGGACGAGCCCACGCUGCAGUUCGACAAGAAGACGUACCACGUCAACGAGAGCGCCGGCCUCAUCCACGCGCCCGUCGAGCGAAAAGGCGACACGUCCAGCACCGUAUCGGCUCUGUGCUACACAGUGGCCAAGUCGGCUCAGGGAAGCAGCCUCCACGCUUUGGAAUCCGGUUCCGACUAUAAAAGUCGUGGGAUGACUUCGGAUAACCGCGUGGUCUUCGGUCCCGGCGUUAGCAUGUCCACUUGCGACGUCAGGCUAAUCGACGACAGCGAGUACGAGCUGUCCGAGGAGUUCGAACUGGUGCUGUCGGACACCUCGGAUAACGCCCGAAUGGGAGACGUGACUGUGGCCAAGGUGGUCAUCGACGGACCCAACGACGCGUCGACGGUUUCUCUGGGGAACGCCACGUUUACGUUCAGCGAAGAUGCCGGAACAAUUGAAAUUCCGGUGCUCCGCCACGGAAGCGAUCUGUCCUCAGUGACUUCGGUGUGGUGCGCUACCCGACCUUCUGAUCCACCUUCAGCCAGCCCGGGCGUUGACUACAUUCCCAGUUCCAAGAAGGUGGAAUUCAAGCCCGGAAAAACGGAAGAGACCUGCAGUUUGACCAUCAUGGAUGACAUCCAGAAUCCGUCCAUUGAGGGAUCUGAGUCCUUUGUGGUCUUCCUGAGUUCUCCACAAGGGGCGGUUCUCCAAGAACCGUACGAGUCCAACGUUGUCAUCACCGACACCUUCCAGGACAUUCCCAGCAUGCAGUUCGAGAAGAUCGCCUACACGGUCAAGGAACGAGACGGCACCUUGCAGAUCCCCGUCAUCCGUACAGGCGAUCUGUCCUUCAAGUCGUCGGUGCGAUGCUUCACGCGCACAAUGUCGGCGAUGGUGAUGGACGACUUUGACGAGAGGAGGAACGUGGACGAGUUCGGAAUCACGUUCCUCCGCGGGGAGAAGGUGAAGAACUGCACGGUUCACGUGAUGGACGACUCUGUGUUUGAACCCGAAGAGGAGUUCCAGGUGCACCUCGGGACGCCGCGUGGAGACCACUGGAGUGGCGCCAUGAUCGGCGAACGGGACAUGGUCACCGUCACCAUCACCAAUGACGAAGAUGCGCCCACCAUCGAGUUCGAGCAAGCGUCCUAUCAGGUUCGAGAACCUCCAGGUCCGGACGGUAUCGAGGUCCUCAACAUCAAAGUCAUCCGCCGUGGAGAUCUGGAUCGCACCUCCAAGAUCCGUUGCAGCACCAGAGAUGGUUCAGCCCAAUCGGGAGUAGACUACAAUCCCAGGAGCAGGGUUCUCAAAUUCACCCCUGGGUUGGACCACAUCCUCUUCAAGGUGGAAGUUGUGUCCAACGAGGACAGGGAGUGGCACGAGUCCUUCUCGGUGGUCCUCGGCCCUGAUGACCCGGUAGAGGCAGUGCUUGGGGAGAUCACUACGGCAACGGUGACCAUUCUGGACCAGGAGGCUGCUGGAAGUCUCAUCCUGCCCUCACCACCUAUUGUGGUGUCCCUUGCCGACUACGAUCACGUCCAGGAAGUGACCAAGGAGGGUAGUAAGAAGACUCCGUCCCCGGGUUACCCCCUGGUCUGCGUCACGCCCUGCGACCCCCAUUACCCCAAAUACUCGGUAAUGAAAGAGCGUUGCGAGGAAGCGGGCAUCAACCAAACCCAGGUCCACUUCUCCUGGGAGGUGGCGGCACCCACCGACACCAAUGGGGCGCGCUCGCCCUUCGAGACGGUCACGGACACGACGCCCUACACGAGCGUCAACCACAUGGUCCUGGACGGCAUCUACUUCAGCCGACGUUUCCAUGUUCGAUGUGUAGCUCAAGCCCGAGACAAGGCGGGCCACCUCGGGACCCCGCUCAGGAGCAACAUCGCCACCAUCGGGACCGAGGGCUCCAUCUGCCACACCCCCGUGACUACCGGAACCGCCAGAGGUUUCCAGGCUCAGUCCUUUAUCGCGACGCUCAAAUACUUGGACGUCAAACACAAAGAACACCCCAACAGGAUCCAUAUCUCGGUGCAGAUCCCGCACCAGGACGGUAUGCUACCCCUGGUGUCGACCAUGCCGCUGCAUAACCUGCACUUCCUUCUGUCGGAGUCCAUCUACCGACAGCAGCAUGUCUGCUCCAACCUGGUCACCCUCAAAGACCUGCAGGGACUCUCGGAGACCGGUUUCCUGGAGGACGUGUCCUACGACAGCAUUUCCCUGGGGCCGGGCUACGACCGCCCCUACCAGUUCGACCCCGCCGCGCGGGAGGCCAAGAGCAUCCAGCUGUACAAGCACCUUAAUCUCAAAAGCUGCAUCUGGACCUUUGACGCCUACUACGACAUGACGGAGCUCAUCGACGUCUGCGGAGGUUCUGUCACCGCCGACUUUCAGGUGCGGGACUCGGCUCAGUCCUUCCUCACCGUUCAGGUCCCGCUUUACGUGUCCUACAUCUACGUGACGGCACCCAGAGGCUGGGCUUCUCUGGAGCACCACACGGAGAUGGAGUUCUCCUUCUUCUACGACACCGUGCUCUGGAGGACAGGCAUCCAGACCGACAGCGUCCUGUCCGCCAGACUGCAGAUCAUCAGGAUCUACAUCCGCGAGGAUGGACGUCUAGUCAUCGAGUUCAAAACACACGCAAAAUUCAGAGGCCAGUUUGUCCCAGAACACCACACCCUGCCUGGACACAAGUCCCACCUCCUGGCACCAGACCACCUCGGAGGCAUCGAGUUUGACAUCCAGCUUCUGUGGAGCGCUCAGACCUUUGAUUCUCCUUACCAGUUGUGGAGGGCCACCAGCUCCUACAGCAGGAAGGAUUAUUCCGGGGAGUACACCGUCUUCUUGAUCCCUUGCACCGUCCAGCCCACUCAGCCUUGGAUCGAUCCUGGGGACAAGGCUCUGUCCUGCACGGCUCACGCUCCGGAGAAGUUUUUGGUGCCCAUCGCCUUCCAGCAGACCAACCGCCCCGUCCCGGUGGUCUACUCCUUGAACACAGAGUUCCAGCUGUGCAACAAUGACAAGGUCUUCAUGAUGGACCCGGCUUCUGCUGACGUCGCCAUGGCCGAGAUGGACUACAAGGGCGCCUUCUCCAUGGGUCAGACACUGUACGGCCGCGUGCUCUGGAACCCUGACCAGAACCUGAACGCGGCCUACAGGCUGCAGCUGGAGAAGGUGUACCUGUGCACCGGCAGGGACGGCUACGUUCCUUUCUUCGAUCCCACGGGGACGCUGUACAACGAGGGGCCGCAGUAUGGAUGCAUCCAACCCAACAAGCACCUCAAACAUCGAUUCCUGCUGCUGGACCGCAAACAGCCGGACGUGUGUGACAAAUACUUCCACGAUGUCCCCUUCGAGGCCAACUUUGCAUCGGACAUCCCAGACUUGAACCCGAUGGCCGCCAUGCCGGGCGUGGACGGCUUCACCAUGAAGGUGGACGCUCUCUACAAGGUGGAGGCGGGACAUCAGUGGUACCUACAGGUGAUUUACGUCAUCAGUCCAGAGUCGCGCUCCAGUCCCAGGAUGCAACGCUCGCUCGCUUCGACGCUGAGCCGCCCCAAACGGGACCUGGUGGACCGCAGCGGGCGGCUGACGCUGGACGAGUCGCUCGUCUACGAUAACGAAGGCGACCAGGUGAAAAACGGCACCAAUAUGAAGUCCCUCCGGCUGGAAAGCGGACCCUCGGGUACCUUCACCGCUCACGUGGGCGGCUCGGUGGGCGGAGGCGUAGCCGCACUCACUUUACUGGUUCUGGUGCUCCUGGCUUCCUGUUUUUUGCUCCGUCGCUGCCGCCGCUCGACGCAAAAAUCCCGAACGGCGAAGAGCGAAAAAGCGUACGAGGAGUACCACUGCCACACCAAAGUGGAGGUGUGCAUGGACAAGAGCGUGGAGAAGAACUUCAGCAGCAAACGCUGCACCGUCACCAACAUCAACGCCGCCAACCGCAACCAGGACGCCGGCGCCAAGGUCAAACAAGUCAACCUCAACGCCGGCACCGAGGUGUGACGAAGAACUUUUUUUUUUUUUAUCAAACGAAAAAGGUAUUUUCUUACAUCCCGCGACAUUUUUCCUCACGUAUUUUUGUACCACGUCGAAAAAAGGGAAGCGCACGUUUCAAAUGAGCACGGCGGCGUUAGCGUUCACUUUCGUUAGCGUUCACAACUGGGCUACCUCACGCACGACAAAACAUGGCGUCAUCCGCUUCAACGUCUGGGUUUAUCCGCACCGGAGCGGGUACUUAAAAAAAAACAAAAAAAAAAACGUUGUCAUAGUAACGGGGGUGUCCAAACUUUCUCCAGCGAGGCCCGCAAUGCUGAAAAAUUCUUAUUAAAAAUUUCAAAUUUCAUAUUUUAAGAAAAAAUAUCAAAUCAAAUCAAAUGCACUUCUGCCACCUUGUGGUCGUUUUUUGGUUUUAAACUACACUAAACGUGCUCGCUUCUAUUGUGGAGUUCCAUCAUCACCUCUUUGUGCCUUUUUUCCCCAUUUUUUGCUGCUUUUUUAAUUUUUUUUAAUUUUUCUACAAUAUAUUUGGUACAUUUUCUUCUUGUGAUAUUUUCCACUUUACUCCCAUUAAUUUAUUUUAAAAUAAGUUUCCAAUUAUUUCAACAGUUUUCUCUUAAUUCUGAAUUUAUUUUAAAAUAAGUUAAGAACAUUUUUAGUUUUAAAUUCUUGUAAAAAAAAUUCUCAUUGAAAUACGACUUUUUUUUUUCUCAUAAUAGUUUCACUUUAUUCUCGUUAAAUUAAUUUUUGCGCAUUUUACGGAAAUUUUCCAAUUAUUUAAACUGUUUUCUCCUCAUUCUGAAUUUAUUUUAAAAUAAGUUAAGAACAUUUUUUUUAGUUUUUAAUUCUUGUUGAAAAAAAAAUCUCAUUAAAAUACGAUAUUUUUCUCAU